CCUACUUGAACAGUAGAGCUAACCAUGAGCGCCAUCGACCUAUACCAGCAGUGUAUACGCAUUUUCAAGUUCAAUUCCAUUGCUGUUGGUGUAUCGCUGUGGAACGCUGACCAAUUCUUGACCAUCGGCUCAUACUCGAUCAUGACGCAGAUGGUCAUCUACUUUUGGUGCAAUUUUUGGACCGUUCACAAGUACCGCCACGAUAUGCUCCAUGUCAUGGAGGUGUUGAACAGUGCGGGCAUAGCGUUUCAACUAUCGGUGAAGUUUUUCAUCGCCAUGUAUAACAAACCGAUAAUCCGCGGUUUGCUGCAGACCGUUGAGGAUAAGCUGUAUGCACGCUAUCCUGAUCGAUCGAGCCGUGAGGGGGAAAUUGUGUAUAAAUUUGCUAAAAAGUGUAACAUUCUAAUUAAGAUACUUGCUCCGCUAUACUGCUCAUCUCUGUUCGUGUUUGCACUAUACCCAUUAUAUAUCUAUUAUUCGGAAGGAAGACUCAUUCCAUUGUUCAUGUAUGAAGUAUCGUACGUCGAUUGGCACACCGUCUGGGGCUACUUACUAACAAAUUUCGUGCAAAUUUUUAUAUACGUCAUGGGACUCAAUGGCCUGAUUAUGGCUGAUGGACUUGUUGUACUACUGGCUCUACAUGGAAUAGUGUACAUGGAAGUAUUCAUGAUACAUCUGGAUGAACUAGCAAAAUUAUUGCAAUCGGAGAAUGUGAUCGAAAAUAAAGAGAAGAUCACAAAGAUGUGGCGCGAGUGCCUUUCGGAACAUCAGACUUUAUUAGAAUAUUUCGAUGAUAUUGAAAACAUAAACGGUGGAAUGUGUUUGGUUCUCGUUUUCACUGGCGUCUUCGCAAUAUGCGAUAAUCUGGUUCUAUGUGCUGUGACUGACUGGUAUGCAUCUUAUUCAUUUCUGCUGAUUUGUUUCAUCCAAAUGACGAUCUAUUUUUCGAUUGGAAACGCUGUCGAACUGAAGAGUAACGCAUUGGAUAUAAGCGUUGCAAAUUUCCCGUGGUAUAUGUUCAGUAGAGAUCUUCAGAAAGAGUAUCUAUUUUUGAUCUGUAGACUGCAGCACCCGAUAAUUUUGACUGUGUAUGGGUUUGCCGAUCUCAGUCUGGAAACAUAUAUGUCGAUUUUGAAGGCAUUGUAUCAAUUUGCGAUGAUGAUCUUAAACUUUUUGGCGUGAAUUACGAUAAACUGUAAACUACGGGGCAUAAUUGGAAACACACUCACAAUCCCAAGUGUCACAUAUGUUAUACAUAACUUUUUAUGGCUGCUAAAUUACCAAAAUUAGUUGUAUAAUAGACGCAUAUACUCUACAGAACAUGUGUCUUACAAUCUUACAAUCUUACAAUCGAUCGCAAAAUAGUAGUUUACGCAACAAGGUGCAGAAUGGCGAUUUUUACAGCACGAGUUGUACAUUUAUCCAACGAGGCUUGCCGAGUUGGAUAAUUACGACGAGUGCUGUAAAAAUCGAGUUCUGCACUGAGUUGCGUACAACGUUUUUUGCAAGGUAAUAAAUUACCGCUUGAACAAAAAUGUUCAUGAAACUGUAUACUGAUGCUCAUAGCCAUGUUUAAGAAAAUCUGAUCAUAGCAGGUUAUACUGUGCAGUUGUCACAAUUUUUCAAAACUGCAUCCAGAAAGCAUCAAGAAGUUGAUCAAAACUGAAAACAGUGCUGUAAUGGUUCAUUACGCAACGCAAAUCAGUGCUGUAAUGAAUCAUUACAGCACUGUUAAUUUGGUGUGGGAAAGUAGGCCUUUUCCUGUCAGAUUUGCGUGAGGUAAAACAACCUAUUACGAUGAGAAA